UGUAGUAGUGAAUCAAGACAUGCGUUAUGCAUACAAUGCCAGUGAAUGGCAAUAGACUUACGGUUUAUCCCAACGUUGAGAGCAAAACAAUGGCCGCGAUUUGAAUCGGAUUUAAACUUUGAUUGCAUUUAAAUAAUUGAUUUACUUUUCAUUACAUUUAUUUCUGGAGUUUAAUUGGUGUCCAAUUUGAUGACCGGAAGGGGCCGAUCGACCCGUCGGGGUAGGCCUCCAAAGGAUCCAGAGUCGGCCGAAAGAUUGGCAAAAGCAAAGAAACCGCGAUAUUUAUAUCCCGGAUCUAAUGGACCCGAUUUGGACGAUACUUCUAACGCGUCCAACAGUACUAAUGCGUCCAAAUACAGGACCCGAUCCAGUGGUCGCAACAACGCUAAGAGAAAAUGGGAUGACAGUGAAGAAAGUGACGCCUAUGACGAUGAUAUCAAUGACAUCCAAUCGCAUGAAUCAGAAGUUGAUGAAAGUGAUGACUACACUCAAGAAGAGACUGAUAUAGACGAUGAACUCGAAGAAGAUUUGGACAACGAGUCGACAGAGAGUUUGUCAUCUAAAAAGAAGCCACCAUUUCGUGCUCCGCGCGUCAAAAGUCCACUAUUUUUUGAGGACAUAGAAGUUCCCGAAUUGACUCUUCCGGACAGUAGUGAAGAUAUAUUAUUGAGUAACGAAUACCUCAUGCAAGCCGUCUGUGUGUAUGAAGUGUUGAGACAUUUCAGAAAUAUUUUACGUUUAACUCCCUUUCGUUUUGAGGACUUUUGUACAGCACUUCUCAUCGAUGAACAGAACUCUCUUCUUUCAGAAAUUCAUUUACAACUUAUUAAAGCUAUUCUAAGGGAAGACGACUCAUCUAAUACAUGGUUUGGACCUCAAGAUCUCAGGGAUUCAAUAAACAUAUACUUAUUUUUUAAUGAUUACAUUACGUGGCCGGAUGUGCUGAGAAUAUAUUUAUCGGCUGACAUGACUUUAAACCGACAAAUACUUGAUGAAUGUCUUAACGACACUGAAUAUCCUUUUACUCGAGUGGACAAAAAGUUGAAAGUUUUACAACAUCUUUGUGACCAAUUUUUGACAACAACACCGGCCAGAGAAGAUUUAGUCAAUGAAGGUAUCAUCAAACACGACGAUCACUGUCGAGUCUGCCAUAAGUUAGGAGAUCUUCUCUGUUGUGAGACAUGUCCGGCAGUAUUUCAUUUGACGUGUUUGGAUCCACCAUUACUUGAGGUUCCCAAUGAGGAAUGGGUUUGUGCCAUAUGUAAAGGCAAUUAUGUGGUCGGAGUCACUGACUGUGUGUCUGAAUAUGAAAAAAGUGGUUUCCUUUGUCGUCAGGAACCGUUGGGUUGGGAUAGACAUAAACGCAAGUAUUGGUUCCUUUGUCGUCGAAUUAUUGUUGAAUCUGAAGACGGAACUAUUAAGUGGUAUUAUUCAAGUAAAGUACAGCUCGAAGAAAUGCUUCGAUUAUUAGAUUCAAAUCAAUAUGAAGCUGAUCUUUGCAAGAAUAUUGAAGAAAUAAUUGAAGAUAUUAACAAACAAAUGGAUAUUACAGAAAAAUUAACAAAUUCUUCGAAGUUGUCACGAAAAAGCUAUUUAGAAGUGGAAAAUGAAAGGUUAACUAAAAUACAGACUGAAAGACUAAAUUUAAAAAACAAAUCCGAAGAAAUUGAAGAGAAAAAAAUGAACGGAAUUGAAGACGAAGGAGAGGAAAGUGAGAAAAAGGAUACGGAAAAGGAAGCAGAAAAUUGUAAGGAAGGAAUUCUUACUCGUCUUAAAACUGGAUCCAUUCAACCAAAACCAAUUAAUUUGGAUCCAUUGAAGAAUAAAUUAAGCAAUGGAUCAAAUAAUAAAGAUGACGAAACAAUUCUUGUGCUUAAUAAAGAUGGUGAACUGACUCGCGUGCCCAAGAAGUCAUUGUUGACAUCAAGUGCUAUGAAUAAUAGUCUACUAUUUAAACUCGGAAUGGAAGGCAAUUAUAGGUCGUAUCAAAACCACUUCAUUACAAAUCAUUUGUCACUCAAUAAGCACCAGCACUCUGAAGAAAGGGAUAAAAAGAGACAAUUAAGCCAUAAGUUUAGUCUGACAUUAGCCUCUGAACUCAAAUGGCAGGGACAGACAUUUGGCACCCGAUCUAUAAUUGUUACAACUCUAAGACAAACUAUAUUACAAUUAGAAAGUCAAUUAUCAGUUCCAUUCUUACACCAGAAUUGGCCACUUCAUCGACCAAAUUGGCUCAAAGCUGUUAAUAUGUGUUCGAAUGCCAAAGAUUUUGCUUUAGCUCUUUGUAUACUUGAGUCGUCAAUGAAACCGGUAUUGUUUAACCCUUCUUGGCUCGAGGCUCUUGGAUUCACGUGUUUAAACAGAACAACAUUUCUCGAAAGGGAAGAGAAAAAGAAACUCGAAAAACGUGAGCGAAGGGAUCAGAUUGAAGAACAGGACAAUCAAUUUAGGUUUGGUGUUGGCGUUCGCUAUAUUUUGGGCAGAAUUAAGCACCAAAUUUGGAAACAAAAGGGUGAAGAAUAUCGUCUGACAGGAAGGGGUGCCUGGAUUUGGAGGAGUACUACAAAAAUCAUACACGAAUUGCCAGAAAAGAACAAACCAUUGAAUAUAACAGUCAUUCCUGAAGAACACAAAGAUAUGCUAACGAAAACACCGACCAUUGAUAUUAGCAAAUGUUUAGCUGAAGACACUUCUAAGCGAUACUAUUAUCCAAAAGUAUAUAAAACAUGUAAAGUAUUGGACAAUUUGUUGGAAAGAAGAAAAUUAAUGAAACAAAUUGAAGAAACAGAAAUGAAAAAUGAGUUACAAAUAAAAGAAGAAAAUAAAGAUUUAAAAGAAAAAGUCAAUGAAGAAGAAGAAAGUUUGAUUGACAAAUGCUACUCGAGUUGGUGUCGAUCGGAAAGUGAUUCAACUACUGCUGUAAAGACCUGCUAUUCCAGUGUAUGUCGUUUUGAAAGAUUAAAAACUAAUAAAAUAGACGACAAAAGUAAAAUAAAAGAAGAAAAUGAUGAUAAAGAUAAUGUUUGGAAUUAUAAUUGUUUGGAUUGCGACCAAAUAGCCGACUGCUCUUCGCCAUUAUCUUUAGCUAAAAUUGUUAAAGUGAAUGGUGUGUUGCAAAUGGCUAAACGUAUUGGUAGGCGUCAUAUUAAAGGACAGUUACCUCCCUGUCCUCGAUUUACAACUGUCAAAGGGAAACGAAAAUCUAUAUUAAUUUUACCACAAUUUGAAUUAAAGCGUUUGGCAAGAAGUGGUGCGUUAAGAGAAGUGAGUGGUUUUAGUUAUUCAGCCAAAACAAAUCCUUCCAUUUGGCCCUACGGUCAAACACCGCGUCCCAUAUUCCGGACCUCUUGGCUCUACCGAAAUCAGAAAAUUGAUUCACUUCAUGGUGUGUCCACUCAAUUAAGAGUACUCUGGGCCAGCAUUCGAUGGGAUGAUUUGUCGACAAAGCCACCGCCUUCUGGUGCCAAUACAAUCACCACUGAAACAGAAGUGCAAACGAGUGAAAUACUUAAACGUAGAGAAUUGGCGCCAUUUGGUAUCAGAUCUGAAUAUUUAGUGCGAAGAAUCAUUGUUCCCAUUGAAGUUCCAUCAAAACCUCGAGAAAAGUCAACUCCAAUUCGAAGCGGUCUUCGAGAACGACGUAGACCUGAGUCACCAAAAAUGAGGGGACCGUCAGUUACAGAGUGUUGGGUUCCUGAAGAAGAACUUGAAUUGUGGGAAAUCAGACAAUUUGGUGAAAAAGUUGAAAAACAACAACAAUUAGCUAAGCAAAGAGCUGCUGAAGAAGCACAAAGACAGAACUCUGAAAAGAUUCGCAAACAAAUGGAAGAACAGCUUAAGAAACAAAGAGAAGCACUUCAUCAGAAACGAAUGGCAGAGGCGGCGGCAAAGGUUUCAACAAGUGUUUCACAAACAACACCAUCAACGCCAACGACCGGCAAAUUUACGAGUAUUAUUCAAAAUAAAGGAAUGAAAAGAAUAUUCACAUCCCGUGGUAUUUCUCCAGUUAUCUCAUCAAACGUUACGACUCGUACACAAACUCCCAAUCAAUUUGCAACUGUCCGAACACCGGGUGGUCAGACAUUUAGAAUCCCUAUUUCAGCCCUUCAGGGCAAAUCUCCCGGACAACAGAUCAUUAUUAGAAGUUCAACAGCUGUUCCAACACUGCAAACAUCAACGCCGAUGACUACAAUAAGCACUCAACCCGUUACGCGAACGCCAACUUCUAGUACAACUUAUAUAGUGCGGACACCAACCGGACCAACGGGACAGCUGAGACCAAUAAUAUUGCAAAAUCCAGUGCGUCCCACAUUAGUUCAAUCUAAUACCCAAACUCUUCAACGACAGGUACAGCUUCCCAUUCGUUUACCCGACGGAAGGAUGCAGUUGUUACAGAUUCCGUUGUCGGCCAUUGCAGGGAAUCAACCGAUUCAGAUAGCAAUUAAUACUCAAUCAACACCUUCAACAUCUAAUGUCAUCUCUAAUUCUAUACAAAUUGUUUCUACUAAUAACAGUCCCGCGACAACAAUCGUAUCGACACCACAAUCAGUGAACCCAACCCAACAAAUUAGGAUUAUUUCCACAAAUAACACACCUGGAAGCCAACCAGUGAUGGCCAAAGUUGUACAAAUGAGACCGCAAUUAGGACAGAAUAUUCAGCCAAUAACAACACCGACGACUCAAGUUUUUCAAUUGCAAUCAUCUCAACAAUCUAUUCCUCAACAAAAUAGUAAAAUUCAAGUGAAAGUAAAUACAUCUUCAACUGUAACUGCUAACCAAACUCCUCGGCCACCCAUUACUAUUCAAUCGCAGAUCAUUAAAGCUCAGCAACCAGUUGUGACAACUGUCAGAAUUGAACCCAAAGCACAACAAACAUCUACACCAGUCAUGACAACUGAAACUAAGAGUACAUCUAUUAAACCUGUAGUCACUCCUGUCGUUACUUCUUCCACUUUAAAUCCUCAAAGUGUUACAAAAGAUGUGAUUCCAACAACAGCUACAACCACAGCAUCACAAGUGAAUUCACCACAAUUUGUAUUAACAUCAGCAAUGACUCAACAGAUUGUUAGACAAGCGCUAAUGAAUCCCAAAAUAGCACCAGAAAUACAACAGAAGUUAAUGGCAUUACAGCGACACCAUCAGGAACAGGACAAUACCAAAGACACUGUAACUAAAAUAUCGACUCCUGUCAAUAGUACACCGUUAUCCAGAAAUAGAAUUAAAUCACCAUCGAGUUCACGAAGAGUCGCAAACAGAUGUAAAAAACAAACACCGGUUCAAAUAACAGCUGAACAGAGAGAUGAUUCGGAUAUUAUGAAUGUUUGCAAAUCAGUGAUUAAGUCAUUGUUGGAUAAGAUUGACAAAGAAGAUAAACCUAAAGGUCAAUCAAGAAAUGCUAACCGAAGAAAUCAGAGAACAAAAGAAUCGAUGGCUGAGAGGCGUCAGAGACAGAAUGCUAACAGACUUCAAGUUUUGCUUUUUAAACAAACAGAACAACUCAAGAAAGAUAUCAUCAAAAGACGAGCACUUUUGGAGAAAAAUCUUAAAAUUGAAAUUCAAAAUGAAUUAAAUACUAUUACAAACACAUUGCCACAGAAGAACACUACUCCAGUAAACAGUUCGCCGACAAAGAGUGCUGUUAUAGGAAAUAAAAGAAAAAUAAAUCUAAAUAAUGUUAAUAAUAAUGUAGUCACUGAUGAAGAAUCAGAUAAUAUGGAUGAAAUACGUCCUCCAAAACAGAAGCGAUUAAAACUUAAUUCAAAUUCUCCUUCAGUGUCACCAAAGAAGAAUAGAUCACCGGGUAGUCAAGCAAGAAGUGGUAAAAAACCAAAUGCUUUGUAUUGCAUUUGCCGUAAACCAUAUGAUUCGUCAAAAUUUAUGGUCGGCUGCGAUAUCUGUUCGAAUUGGUUUCACGUCGAAUGUGUCGGACUUAGCGAAACUCAGGCUAAGAAAGCCGAUCAAUAUAUUUGUCCGAAUUGUGACGAGAAAAGAGCCAAAAACAAUGAACUCUAUUGUUUGUGUCGGAAGCCAUACGACGAAAGCCAGUUCUACAUCUGUUGCGAUCGUUGUCAGGACUGGUUUCACGGCCGAUGUGUCGGUGUCUUGCAAUCGGAAGCCACUGCUAUCGAGGAAUAUGUUUGUCCUAAUUGUCAGAGUGACUCUCAAAUCAAUUUUGCAAAUUUAAAAAAAUUAAAUUCAAAAGAUUUUGAAAAUCUCAAAAAAUUACUCAAAACCCUUCAGACACACAAGAGUUCGUGGCCAUUCUUAACUCCGGUCGAUCCCAAAGAAGUUCCCGACUAUUUCACAGUCAUUAAAGAACCUAUUGAUUUGAAAACAGUUGAAAGUCGUAUAAAUCGUGAAAAUUAUGAAUCGUUGGCUCAAUUCAUUGGUGACAUAACAAAGAUGUUUGACAACUGCCGCUACUAUAACGCCCGCAAUUCACCAUUUUUUCAAUGCGCUGAACAACUCGAGGCCUUCUUUGUCUCUAAAAUCAAGACAUUCCGCGAAAAUAUGAAAUCAUAGACUAAAUGAUUAGUGAAAUGCCUUUCUAUCCCUUCUUUCUAUUUCUUUCUCUCUUAAACAUCAAGACAUGCAAACCAUAAUAAAAAUGUAUAUUUUAUUUAUUAAAUCAAUUGUUAGUGACUAAUGCAGUA